AUGAGUCAUAGAGCCCGGAAAAAAAGCAAUGAUAGAGACGGUCACAGAAGUGGUGGUGUAGUGGGUAGUAUUAGGAGAGUAUGGUAUAGUUGUAGAAUAAGUGGAAAGUAAAAGAAAUUGCCUUAGUAUAUAAAAGCGCGAGUCCGUUAUGGUAUAUGGUUUUUUUGGGUAGUGAGUGCUGACCAGUAUUUCUCUCUGUUGAUAAUACAUUUUCAAUGCAUGUCUGAGGGGUUUCCGGAGCUGGGCUUUCUGGGUUGUGCUUGUGAUUCAGCUUCAGCUAUGGUGGAGUUCAUAGGCUUUUCAAUUGAUAAUCUGGGUCACAAGAUUUCUCAGUAUGUCAUCCACCGAUUUGAGCAAGUAUGUCUCCACAUUUCCAUUCGUGGUUUGAGUUCCAUUGAGAAGAAAAAGCAUAGCCUCUUCCAAUGACUUCUCUCUGAAAAUUACGGAAUCCGAUGAUCGUUUUCUGGAACAAAGAGAGAUAGGGAGGGGGAGAAAGAACAGAAUAGGGUGAGUGAACUGAAGUUAAGAAAACAAAGAAAGAAAAUAGGAAGUUUAUAGACGAUGUUGGCUGGGUGCUCUAGUUCUACAUUGCUGUCACCGAGACAUAGAUUGAGGAGUGAAGCACCUGCACCGUUGCAAGCCUGCCAUUUCCAGCUGCCUUCAAUGAGCACACAGAGAUUGGACUUGCCAUGUAGUUUCUCCCGCAAAGACACCUCACGCUCGCAGACCAUUAGGCCAGUAGGCCUUUCGGUGGAGAAGCCAAUUGAAUCGAAGACCGGCAGUUGUUCUCUUAAGCAGAGCAUCCGACUUCCGCCUUUGUCAACAAGCACUUCGACGAGUGCUCAGACCACAUUUACCGACGCGAAGAGAGAGAUAAAAAACGAGUUUUGGGGGCAAGGAAAGAGCUUGAAGAGGUUAGCAGAGCGGGGCUCGGUCGAUGAGUCAUGCAUUAGCAGAGCCAAGAGGAAAAAGAGGGGUAGUGAUAAUGGGAAAUCAGAUGACAUUCGCGGAGGUGGGCGUGAUAAUUUGAGUUUAGGCCAGCUGGGUGCUGGGAACUUUUGGUUUCAGCCGAGUUUGGAGGCGUCUCGGUCAGUUCCGGGGAUCAUAGGCCUUAGCCCUCCUCACGUUCCUUUCUCUUUGACAUAUUCAGAGGAAGAAGAAAGGAUCUGUUAUGUGCCCGGUGAAGUGAUUUCACCGCCUUUGCCAUUGUCAAACAAUCCAUGGGUGGAAUCCAUUGUGACUGAGAUCACAGACCUUGGCGAGAAGGACGGUGAGACCAGCCACGGGCUGGUGAAGGAGGCCUCGGGUUCAAGUUCUUCAUCAGACAGCCAAAGCUUAGGCCUUAGGCUAAAUGAGAAUGUCUCGGAACAAGAAGUGGGAAAUGGGUCUAGAAAUCCUUAUUCACAUGAAGAACAUGAAGUGGAGACCAGGGAGGAGGACAACCGAGGUGAGCAUCAGGGGUUUGAGCUUGUCAGCUUACUUACAGCAUGUGUUGAAGCAAUUGGGUUUCGGAAUAUCGCAAUGAUUAAUCAUUUUAUAGCCAAGUUGGGUGAGCUUGCUUCGCCAAAAGGAAGCCCUAUUAGCCGUCUAUCUGCUUAUUACACUGAAGCUUUGGCUAUACGAGUCACAAGGCUUUGGCCUCAUAUUUUUCACAUCAACACUCCUCGGGAGCUUGAUCGGGUGGAUGACGACUCUGGCACUGCACUAAGCCUUUUUAACCAGGUGAGCCCAAUUCCAAAGUUUCUUCAUUUCACAUCAAAUGAGAUAUUAUUGAGAACCUUUGAAGGGAAAGACAGGGUUCAUAUUAUAGAUUUCGACAUUAAGCAAGGGCUUCAGUGGCCUAGUUUGUUCCAGAGUUUAGCUUCUAGGACUAGUCCUCCAAGCCAUGUGAGAAUCACCGGUAUCGGGGAGUCCAAGCAAGAACUGAAUGAAACAGGAGAUAGGCUUGCUGGAUUCGCCGAAGCAUUAAACCUGCCUUUCGAGUUUCAUCCAGUAGUGGACAGGUUGGAAGAUGUGAGGCUAUGGAUGCUUCAUGUGAAGGAGCAAGAAUGUGUGGCCGUGAACUGUAUUUUCCAAAUGCACAAGACGCUUUCCGAUGGGAAUGGAGGGGCACUAAGGGACUUUUUGGGACUCAUCCGCAGCACAAACCCCACAAUUGUCAUUAUGGCUGAGCAAGAGGCUGAACACAAUGACCCCAGGUUGGAAGCCAGAGUUUCCAAUUCACUGAAACACUACUCUGCCAUAUUUGACUCUAUUGGUUAUAGUCUUCCCUUGGACAGCUCCGUCAGGCUAAAGAUAGAGGAGAUGUUUGCACGUGAGAUCAGGAACAUUAUUGCUUGUGAAGGAAGGGAUAGGCUAGAGAGGCAUGAGAGUUUUGAGAAGUGGAGGAAGUUGAUAGAGCAAGGAGGGUUCCGAUGCAUGGGAAUUAGCGAGAGGGAAAUGCUUCAGAGCCAAAUGUUGUUGAAGAUGUACUCUUGUGAAAACUUCAGUGUUAAGAAGCAAGGGCAAGAUGGAGUGGGGCUUACUUUAAGUUGGCUAGAUCAGCCUCUUUACACAAUCUCGGCAUGGGCGCCACUUGAUAUUACUGGCAGUUCGUCCUCUUAUUCUCAGCCAAGUUGAAUGCUUUGGGUUUCGUUUUCUCUAUGCAUUUCCAAUACCUUCCAUUCCAGUCUAGCAUACAGAAAAGGGAUAUACAAUUCUUUAUAGGUAGGAAAGUAUCAUUAUUCUUUCAUUCUUUUGUUGCAGAUAAGAUUGUCAGUCAAUAGUGUCACAAUUAUUUGUAGGUCGAUACUGAUUACAGUGGUUGCAGGCCAGAUUCCUAUAUUUCAGGCACUAGUAUUUUGAGUCAGUUUGUGUUUAUUCAUUAAUUCUUUAUGUAUGCUGAAAUUCUUUGUUAAUCAUCUUUCAUUGUAUUGCUUUGUUACUCAUAAAUCAUGUACUUUUGGGCACUCAUUCUGUUAUUCAUGAAACGAUUUCAUUGAUUUA